AUGGAUACACUGCCCUCGUCGUACCGGCUCCUUGCUGCCCUCCCCGCGCGAUUAUGCGCCCGCCGCCCACUUCCUUCACAAUUGCGCGCCGCGCGCAUAGCACCACCACACUGGCGCUUCACAAAACAGAUAAGGAGCAUCAGCGCGGUGGCAGACAAGGCGCCGACUGUUGAUCGCUCGAAGUCGAAGCUAUGGGCCAGCGCCGAUGAAGCCGUCGCCGAUGUCCAGUCUGGUUCCACAGUACUCAGCGCAGGCUUUGGACUCUGCGGCAUUGCAGAGACUCUUAUCCAAGCUCUGAAAAAGCGUGGCCCGGAAUCGUUACAUUCGUUGACUGCUGUGUCCAACAACGCUGGUAUUGAGGAAGUUGGCGGGCUUGCCCAUCUUACGAAGAACGGGCAGGUCGACAAGUUGAUCAUUAGCUUCUUAGGCAACAACAAAGCUCUUGAGAAGCAGUAUCUGAGUGGUGGUAUUGAGAUCGAACUUUGCCCACAGGGCACAUUGGCGGAGCGCAUCAGGUCAGCCGGUGCUGGAAUUCCAGCUUUCUACACACCUACUGCUGUGAACACAUUACUGCAGGACGGCCAGAUCCCAGCAAAGUUCGACAAAGAAGGCAAGGCUAUCGGAUAUGGUACAAAGAGAGAAGUGCGCGAGUUCAAUGGCAAGAAGUACUUGAUGGAGACUGCUCUUCCCGGCGACGUGGCGAUCAUCAGGGCACACAAAGUCGACGAGGCAGGCAACUGCGUAUUCCGAUACACAACAAAAGCGUUUGGACCCAUCAUGGCCAAGGCUGCGCGCCUCACUAUCGUCGAAGCUGAACACAUCGUCCCAAUUGGUACCUUUGACGCCGGCGAGAUCGACCUCCCCGGCAUCUUUGUCGACCGCAUCGUCCCGGCUACAGUCCCGAACAGCAUCGAGAUCAAGAAGCUGCGCGACCCCUCAGCCUCUGGCAAACCCGCUGGCGGCCACCGCGCUCGCAUCGCUAAGCGCGCCGCAAAAGAGCUCAAGGCAGGCUACUACGUCAACCUGGGCGUCGGCAUCCCCACCGACGCCGCAUCCUACAUCCCCGACGGCGUCAAGGUGUGGCUGCAGAGCGAGAACGGCAUCCUGGGCAUGGGACCCCACCCCACCGAGGAAGAAGUCGACGCCGACAUCGUCAACGCCGGCAAGCAGACCGUCACCCUGCUCCCCGGCGCCUCCACCUUCGACAGCAGCGAGUCCUUCGGCAUGAUCCGCGGCGGCCACGUCGACGUCUCGAUCCUCGGCGCGCUGCAGGUCAGCGCCGCAGGCGACCUGGCCAACUACAUGGUCCCCGGCAAGGUGUUCAAGGGCAUGGGCGGCGCCAUGGAUCUCGUGUCCAACCCCGAGCAGACCAAGGUCGUGGUUGCGACCGAGCACGUGGCCAAGGACGGCAGCAGCAAGAUCGUGCAGCAGUGCGCGCUGCCGUUGACGGGCGCGCGGUGCGUGAGCACCAUCAUCACCGACUUGUGUGUGUUUGAGGUUGAUCGGGUGAAUGGGGGGUUGACGCUCACGGAGGUCGCGGACGGGGUGACGGUCGAGCAGGUGCGGGAGAAGACCGACGCGGAGUUCAAGGUCGCCGACGACCUGAAGAACAUGGAAGACGAGGUUCGGAUCGAGGGUGCGUAG